GGUGUACAGUAAUUGCCUGAUUGAAUGGAACUGUGUUCAAGUAUGUUCUAAUUCAUCCUCCUAUCUGGAGAAACUUGUAUGUUAGGAGAAAAUACGCUUAUUUUGCUUACAUUGUUAUUUAUCAUGUUUUUAGAUAGGGAUUAGAAAAUAUAUUCUGAGCAUGCAAAUUGGUGGCCUUGCAAAUGGCUAGACUACUGUUUCCUUGCAUAGUCCAAGUUGUGUGAAUAUAGGUAAAUAAAAAUUUUUCUCUGUGAUAGCAAAUGCGGUUUUGUUGUGUGCAGUGUUAAGGCGUGAUUAUGCUGUUCUCACUGUGAAUGGUGUUUUUUUACACAGGAUAAAGCAGACUAGCAUAUUCACAUAUGUUACAGCUAGAAUAAUCCAUUGCUUUAAAAACAUAAUUUUUAUCUGCUUCCUUGAUUUAGUGUUCAACAAAAAUUUCUUCUUAAGUAAGUGAAAAAAUAUGCAGUGGCUCCUGUAGACUGCAAAAUGAAGGAGAAGCUUAGCUUUACUGUGGAGUCUGAGUCUGGGUGUAACCUAACUAGCUAGAGGAUAUGCAAUUCCUGAUUGACAGCAGGACCAGCAUUAUGCAGAUUUUGUAAGAGAGAACAGCAGCUCAGAAACAGUGAUUAGGGACUCUGUUAGAAAUCUGCAUUCACCAUUCAUAUUUUUAGUUUUUCAUUUUUCUGUCUUCUGGAUUUGUAAACAAAUAGCACAAAACAGUUCCUCUUUUGUUUUUAUUAAAGUGAUACUGCAGUGCAGUUUCAGUCUGUCAGCUAGGCAUACAUUUGUGGAAAUUAGGCAUUCUCACUAAAUUAGCUAAUUUUUAGCUGUGUUCCGUGCUUAUCUCUAGACUUUUGUGUAUUAAAUCCUCUCUCGAGCUGUUCUCUUUAUACACAAGUGUGUUUGCCUGUGCCUUCCUGUCUUCUUCAGUGAGAAGCUUUAUGUAGGUCAGGCUUGGCUUAAGCAGAUUUCCUGAACCUGCGUCAGCUUAAGCUGGAGGAAUUUUAAUAAACCCUCCCCUGUAGGCGUGGGCCUAAAUGAGGCUAGCCUAGUUAAGCCUGAUCUUUUUCUGUUUGUGAAAGGAGCUGAGCAGAGCUGAAGGCUGCAUGGUGGUUUCAGAAACUGCCUACUUAAUUUGAAAAGAACAAUGGUAGGAAAGGCUAGAUCUUCCAAUUUUACCUUAUCUGAAAAGCUUGAUUUGCUAAAGCUUGUGAAACCAUAUGUUAAAAUUCUCGAAGAACACACUAAUAAACAUUCAGUAAUAGUGGAAAAGAACAGAUGUUGGGAUAUCAUAGCAGUUAGCUAUAAUGCAAUGGGAGGAGACCGCCCUCCUCGAACAGCGCAGGGCCUACGCACCCUUUACAAAAGGCUCAAAGAGUAUGCCAAACAGGAGCUAUUGCAGCAAAAAGAGACCCAAUCAGAUUUUAAAAGCAAUAUUUCUGAGCCAACCAAGAAAGUUAUGGAGAUGAUUCCCCAGAUUUCCAGUUUUUGCCUGGUAAGAGACAGGAACCACAUACAAAGUGCAAAUUUGGACGAGGAAGCACAGGCUGGUGCCAGUCCCCUACAGGUAAUCUUGGAUCACCGUCCAGUUGCUAUUACAGUGGAGGUGAAGCAAGAAGAAGACAUUCAUUCAGCCCCUAAAGAAAUAACAGUGUCUAAGGGACAAGAAGAGGAACCUGCUAGCCUAGUUAAAUAUUUCAGUGUUGUUUGGUGUAAGGCUUCAAAGAAAAAACACAAGAAGUGGGAAGGUGAUGCUGUUCUUAUUGUUAAAGGAAAGUCAUUUACAUUAAAGAAUUUGGAAGGCAAAGACAUUGGAAGAGGCAUUGGAUAUAAAUUCAGAGAGCUUGAAAAAAUCGAAGAGGGUCAAACAAUGAUGAUUGGUGGAAAAGAAAUAGAAGUCAUGGGAAUAAUCUCUCCAGAUGAUUUCAGCAGUGGGAGAUGUUUUCAGCUUGGAGGAAAAAGUCCUGCUAUCUCAAAUUUUUGUCAAGCUGCCAAGAAGUGUUUCUCUAACCCUUUAAAAAGUGUCUAUAAACCAAGCUCAAAGGAAAAUAGACAGAAUAGUUUCUGUAACUGCAAACCACGCCAUGACCCAUGUGCUCCAAAUUCCCUUGUUAUGCUGCGACCGGACAGCCGUCACCAGUGGAUGUUCAAUAAGAACUGCUUCCCUCUCGUGGACGUAGUGAUAGAUCCUCACCUUGUGUGUCAUCUUCGACCACAUCAGAAGGAAGGAAUCAGAUUCCUUUAUGAGUGUGUGAUGGGAUUCAGAGUGAAUGACAGAUAUGGAGCUAUUCUUGCUGAUGAAAUGGGUUUAGGGAAAACAAUACAAUGUAUUUCGCUCAUCUGGACUCUCCAGUGUCAGGGACCCUAUGGAGGCAAGCCAGUAAUAAAGAAGACACUAAUUGUCACUCCUGGAAGCUUGGUGAAUAAUUGGAGGAAAGAAUUUCAAAAAUGGCUAGGAAGUGAAAGGAUCAAGAUAUUUGCUGUUGGUCAGGACCACAAAAUAGAAGAAUUCACCAAAUCUCCAUUUUAUUCUGUUCUUAUCAUCAGUUACGAAAUGUUACUUCGUUCCCUGGACCAAGUUAAGAAUAUAAAGUUUGAUCUUCUAAUCUGUGAUGAAGGGCAUCGUUUGAAGAACAGUGCCGUUAAGACAACUGCAGCCCUCAUUAGCCUCUCUUGUGAGAAAAGAGUAAUUCUAACUGGUACUCCAGUUCAGAAUGAUCUCCAAGAAUUUUUUGCAUUAAUUGAUUUUGUAAAUCCGGGGAUAUUAGGCCCUUUGUCAUCUUAUAGAAAAAUAUAUGAAGAACCCAUCAUUCUAUCGAGACAACCUUCUGCUUCUGAGGAAGAAAAGGAAUUAGGAGAGAGAAGAGCAGCUGAACUUACUUGCCUCACUGGACUCUUUAUCCUUAGAAGAACCCAAGAAGUCAUAAAUAAAUAUCUUCCACCUAAAAUAGAGAAUGUAGUCUUUUGCCAACCAGCAGCACUACAGAUUGAACUUUAUCGAAAGCUGUUGAAUUCUCGGGCUGUCAGGUUCUGUCUUCAAGGGCUGUUGGAAAAUAGUCCUCAUCUAAUAUGUAUUGGAGCUCUUAAAAAACUGUGCAAUCACCCCUGCCUUUUGUUCAACUCUAUAAAGGAAAAAGAAUGCAGCUCAACUUGGGAUAAAAAUGAAGAAAGAAGUCUAUAUGAGGGCUUGAUAAAUGUGUUCCCUGCUGAUUACAACCCAUUCAUGUUUACUGAGGAAGAGUCAGGCAAACUACAGGUGCUGUCAAAGCUCUUAGCGGUCAUCCGAGAACUGUGUCCUGCUGAAAAGGUGGUGUUGGUAUCCAACUACACACAAACCUUGAAUAUUUUACAAGAAGUAUGCAAGCGUCAUGGAUAUGCUUAUACAAGACUUGAUGGACAAACACCAGUCUCUCAAAGGCAGCAAAUUGUUGAUAGCUUUAAUAGUAAAUACUCUUCUGAUUUUAUUUUUUUGUUAAGCUCAAAAGCUGGUGGUGUGGGACUUAACCUUAUUGGAGGAUCUCACUUAAUUCUCUAUGAUAUUGAUUGGAAUCCAGCCACUGAUAUCCAGGCAAUGUCUAGAGUAUGGAGAGAUGGUCAGAAACAUCCUGUACAUAUUUACAGACUUCUAACCACAGGUACAAUAGAAGAAAAGAUCUAUCAAAGGCAGAUCAGUAAGCAAGAUCUUUCUGGGGCAGUUGUAGACCUAACCAAGACAUCUGAACAUACUCAGUUUUCGGUAGAGGAACUUAAGAAUUUAUUCACAUUACAUGAAAGUUCACAUUGUGUUACUCAUGACCUGCUUGACUGUGAAUGUACAGGAGGAAAAGAUCAUACAGGUGAUGCAUUGGAAAAAUUCCCUAUCUCUAGAAGUUGUCAGCUUGGUCCACAUCCACAGAAGUCUCACUCCCUGAAACCUCUCUCCAUGGCACAGCUGAAGCAAUGGAAGCAUUUUUCUGGAGAUCAUUUAAGUCUUACAGAUCCUUUUCUUGAAAGAAUAAGAGAAAAUGUGUCAUUCUUUUUUCAGAAUAUAACCAAUCAAACUACUGCUAUAUAAUGAGAGGUUACUUUAUGACAUGCCCUUACUCUCCUUUAUAAAAAUAUUAACAUAGUAAUUAAAUGUAAUUUUUGAAAACUAAUAGAAUCAUUUUAAUUAUACUAUAGGUUGUUGCAAAUGUAUCAUAGUUUUGAUACAAUAAGGAAAACGGUUUGAGUUGUUUAAAGUUUUGUGUAUAUUCUUAAAUUUGAAACAUUAAAGACAUACUUCUGUUAUUCUAUAAUUGUUUAUUAAUAAUUCAAUAGUUAAUGCACCUUUAUUAAGUACCUACUAAAGAAGUUUCAUAAGGAAUAUAAAAAGGUAAAAUACCUAGUCUCUGUCUUUGGGAAAUCGAAUCUGAUUAGGAAUAUUAGACAUAGAUCUGUGAGACAGUUGAAAAACCUGAUAAAUUUAAAGUACAGCUCAAGGGAGACUAGGAUCGCAAAUGAAGAUGUUGGAUCGAACAGUUGCUGCAGGGCAGUUUGAGUGAGAAGGGUCAGUCGGUGGGGCAGCAGAUGAAGGAUUCUUAGACGCUUCAAGGCACUAGUUCCUCCUUUGGGACCUCAGACUCGUGGGAGACUGACAUGCAGUCUGUAAACCUAGGUCUGCCAGACAUUGUUUGUAUAUUGAAUCGUGGUUCAACCACCAUCAUGUCAGGAGUUGUCUGUAGUAAUUUUUGACAUUAAAAAGAGAGUUUUAAUAUGCAAAGCAAGCUUUAGAAGACUGAAGUCUGCAAAGAAAAAGGAGUUACUCUUUUAAUCUCCAGUUGAGGCUUCUGUAAUCAGCUUUUACUUCCAUUUAGGAAAAUUUCUUUUAGACUGCACAUCGUCUUGAGGUGUUGAAUAAAGACUCAAUUAUAUAUCAUCAAAUCUGAAUUCUUUAGAUUUGUAGUGCCUUACCUGAGCAGUUGUACAUAUAUAGGAUUCAUGAACAGGCAGUUUGGGAUCAAAUUUGUCAGUGAGGAAGUAGUCAACUAAUAAUAAGCAAAAUUGGUGUUUCUUGGCCCUUUGUAUAGGCCCCAUACAGGAAGCUUUACAUACGAAACUUCUUUCAGUAUAUAUCUUGCAUCAUGUUAUUCUCAGGUGUAAAAUCCUUUAAAAAAAAUGAUAAGGGACUAGCACCUUUAUUGUCUGUCUUAACUAUAGUGGAUGUUAGAGUGUGUGGCCCAGCUUGCCCUCUUCAGGACCACAAUGCUCAUUUCCCUCAGCUGCCGGGAGAGUUGCCUAGGACCACUCAUGGCCAAAUCUCUCCCUAAAAAUAACCCUCGGCUGAAAGGAGCUGCCUCACCUAGGGUUACGCUCCCCCCCGGAGGCUGGCUGGCAUGCAGUGAUUUGUUGAUGCAAGGUAGAAAGACCCAGCUCCCUUGCCUCAGUUUGGGACAACUCUAAAGGACCAUUUCAGCUCCAGAGCUCCAGGCCUUUGUUGCAGCUUCCUUGCAGUCCAGCUUCUCUCUGUCCAGUCCUGCUUCUCUCCCUCUGUUACAGUUGUUGUUCCUAAGAGCACUUCCCAACAAACUACCUGCAUGCAAAUCUGCCUCAGUCUGGUUUCCAGGGAACCUGACCUAAGACACUAUCCACAGGGGAAUUACUGAGGAAAAACAUUUUAAUAACUAUAAUUGAUGGCAUCCAAGUAUAAAUACUUGUUGGCAGAAUAAUCAUUUAAUGGAAUGAGGUGAUAAUAUGAAAGUUAAAAGAAAGUAUGUUUUGCUUUAUGCCAUAUUUAAAAAAUAGAGCAUGCCAAAAUGAAUUACUAUUUUUACGUUCAUGAUAUUGUGCAACCAUCACCACUAUCCAUUUUCAAGAGAGUACUAUUCUUAAUGUCUCCCUUUCCCACUUUCUGGUCACUGUCAACCCAAAGCUGUUGGCCUCUAUCCCCCAACACUCAAGGCCUCUAUCCCAGUGACAGGCUAGUUGACAAAUACAGUGAACUCUUUUCAAUAUUUAUCUUGACCUCUGUUCACAUCAGGUAGUGGUGAACACUUCCUUCUUGAGACUGUUGCCUUCGUUAAAUUUUGAUUAAAUGAUUAAAUUCAUUUGUCAUUCCACAAAUAUUUGUUGAGUACCUAGUACAUGUCAGACAUUGUUCUAGGGGUCAUGCAUACAACAAUGAAUAAAACAGGCAAAGCCUUUGUCCUCGUGGUGCUUUCAUUUUGGCACCAUAUACAUACAUAUUAUAUAUCAUUUGUAUAUACAUAUACACAUAUGUAAUAUGGCACAUGAUGAUAAGUGCUAUGAAGAAAGAUAAGCAGAAUAAGGGAAGUAUUAAACAAAGUGGAGACGGGCAUUGAUUUUUUUAUUUUUCCCCGAGGAAGAUUCUCUCUGAGCUAACAUCUUUGCUAAUCUUCCUGUAUUUUGAAUGUGGGUCUCUGCCACAGCAUGGCUGACUAGGGUGUAGGUCCAUGCCCAGGAUCAGAGCUUGUGAACCUGGGUUGCCAAAGUGGAGCACACCCAACUUAAACACUACUCCACAGGGCCAGCCCCAGGGGAUUGCUGUUUAUAUGGGGUGGAUUUAUGCAGAGACCUAAAAAAAGUGAGGGAUUGAGAACCAUAACAUUCUCUGGGAAAAAUGUACGAGACAGAAGGAAUCUCAAGCGCAAAGGUCUUGAGACAGAUGAACGUGUUUGAGAAACAGCCAGAGGCCAUUGUGGAGAGACUAAGAAGAUGGUAAAAGAUGAGGUCAAAGAGGUGAUGGUGGUGGGGGAGAGCAAAUGUAAUGGGGCAUUGAAGACCAUUUUGAGAGCUUUCACUUUUACUCUGAGGCAGAUGGAAAACCGUUGGAAUUUGAGCCAAGGAAAGACAUGAUCUGAGUUGCUUGUGAUGAGAAUAGACUGUGAUGGAACGUGGAGUGGAAGCAAUGAAAUCAGGAGUCUAUUGCAAUAAUCCAGUCAACAGGUGUUGGUGAUUUAGCCCAAGUGGUAGCAGUGAAUUGUUACAGUUUUGAUUAUAUCCAGUUUGAUAUGCCUAUUAGAUAUCCGGUGGAGAGGUCAAAUAAGCAGUUUGGUAUAUGAGAUGAGUUCAGAAGCAUUAGUCAAGGCUGGAGAUACAUUUGGGAUUUGUCAGCAUAUAGGUGGUAUUUAAUAAAGUCAAAAGAUUGGAUGAUAUUACCUAGGUAGUAAACGUAGCUAGAAAAAAGACAAAACAACUAAAUCUCAUAGUGAUACAAAUAAUAAUGGCUAACAUUUAUUAUAAGUGUUUAUUACUGUCUUCUAAAUGCUGAGUGCCUUGUGUGCAUUAUUAAUGUACGAGAUAGAGUUAGUGUUGUCUUAGAUGAACUGAGUUUCCCCAUCUGUUCAACGAUAUGUCCAAGGGUAGUUGCAAAACUUGAAUGAAAUAAUAUAUGGCUAAUGAGGUAGAGAAAUAUUAUCUUGGUUGCUUGCAUCAGAAUUCCUCUUAGUCUUUGUUUGGAAAAACACCCUAUUAAAACUUGAGUGAGCCUCUCAAGACCUUGGGUAUUGCUUGGUGUUAAAGUGUUAUAGAGGGAGAAAAAUUUGGCAUUUUGGAGGCAGUUUGAGAGGGAAGGGUGAGGAGAGAGAAAAAUGAGAAUAUGGAGGGAUGCUGGGACUGGGUUAGGUAAGAGAGACUCCUAGUGAUGGGAACCAGGGAGGGUAUUUGAAUUACGGUUGUUCUCCAUUUGAUUGUUUGUAAGUAAUGUGGGAAGCAACUCUGCCUUCCUCUGUCCCCCACUGUGAAAUCUUGCUGAAAUUUCAGAAUAGACGCUGAGUUUCCUGCGGGGAUCCAUGUGACAUGGGACAAAGGCAGCAUGCAUGACACAGGAGCCCAGAGGUUGAGAAGCAGAUGAUGGUAAACCCUUGGGAACUGAGGAAGGCUUUGGAUUCUAACAGGCCAGGGAUUUGUGAGAGUUCAAACUCAAUUAAUCCAACGGUUAAAGGGUAGCCAGUUAACAUUUGGCUUGCAGAUGUAUAGCACCUUUUCUGUGGCAGAUGCUCAAUUUAUAAGAAUUCCCUUCUUUUUUCCCUUUUCUGUACUCCCAGUCCAUAGCUCUGCUUUGUAGUACUUAACUUAUUGUCUGUAACUGCUUAUUUACCUGGCUCCCUCUCCCAUAGGCUAAAUUCUUCGAGGACAGGGAUAUUAUCUUUUAUUUUAUCCUAGUAUCUCAGGACCUUGGAUGGUCUCUGGCACAAAACAGCUGCUUUUAAGUAGGAGAAUGAACGAAUGAGGUACUUUACCUCUUUUUCUUCUUUAACUGCCAUGAUCAGAUUCUUUGCUCAUAGAUCUCAGUUUUAAGGUAUUUUUUAAGCUAACUGCUGAGCAUAGAGCUGUGCUGGACACUGAAGAAAGCAGAGCCAGCAAUUUUUUCUUGCCUUCUUGCAGCAUACAGACGUCCCUUUUUGCUUCCAUGAUUUCUAUCAGUCUGCUGCAUGAGCUGACCAAAGCUGUCGGUGCAAAGGGCAAUAACAAUUGAGUCACACACAUAAUUCAUUUAUAAUUACACAAAUAGACCUUUGACACAUCUUCACGUGAAAAUGUUCUUGCUCUAAAUGACAAUGUAAAUACAUUUUAAUCAUGUUCUCAUUAAGACUGACUCACUAAUGAUGAAUUAAAAUGUGAGCAGCUCUGAUCUGCAGAACUCAACUUCCCGACAGCCUAUCCAUCCAUUUAAUGGUUUACUACUGUCUUAACUAGUGCUCAAGGUCAGAGAGUUAAAUACACUCAUGUCAGUUACUGGUUCUAACAGGGCUUUAAGAGACUUAAACCUCCUAUAUUAGAGGUGUAACCCAGGCACUACUUAUGAUCAGUCAUAUUGUCUUCAGCUUAUUAAUUUUGUUGAGGAAACAACUACUCUUUAAAGUACGCUGAUAGGUCUUUAUUGGAGAGUUGGAGCUGGCAGGGAUUGCUGGCAAGGAAUCAAAGUAGGAAACUAUGGCUUUCUUAUUGUUGCUGUUUUAAACAGCUGUGAAAUAAUAGAUAAUUCUCUUGAUUUACUAUUUAUAGGGCACCAGUAAUCUAGACCGUGAUGCAAAAUGAGCAGAUGUCCUGUGCCCAGUAUUUUUAGAAAUAUUGACAUAAAUACACACCAGGAAUAAAAAUUACAUGGUCCUACUGAGGCUCAGAGAGGCUGCCCAAGGCCAGACACUUAUUAGCUUCUCUUGUUUCAGCACCAUGAGUAUCUGACCCCAAAUAUUAUUUCUGAGCCCAUGGCGUACCAGGAACUGAGCAAUAUUGUCCAUAUGAAACUAUCAGCUUUAUUAGCAAAGGGGAUUGGAAUCAUCUAUUCUGUACAGAUGUAUGAUGUUUUUCUAUAAUAUAUAUUUGUCCUAGUAAAAUUUUAUACAGUAAUGUUAAUGAAACAUUUUCUUGGCAUAAUAUCAUAACAGUGUAAUAUAAAGGCAUUACUAUUACGUUUAUAAAUUUUGUACAAAUCAUGGUUUCUUGAUGAGUGGGACUAUGACAAGUCUGAAGUGGGACAAGUUUUUGUUCAUUGUCAGCUUCCAUUAAUAUAUCAGUUGUGUUUAAUUUUAAUAUAUUAAAAUUUAAAGGAAAAUAACCAGUUGA